AUGGGUCGGACGGUCGACCAGGAGGUUCACGCGGCGUUUGUCGAGUUCCGCGCCAAGGAAGACGAUAAGUGCCUUUCCGUCCAGUGUAUCUACUGUCAACAGAUUCGCGCAAAGAACACCUCGCGUCAGAAACAGCACCUGCUCGAGUGUCCCGGUCUCCGUGGCCAUCCCAGUGCGCCUCAGCCACAGUCCCAGUCUGCCCAAUCCGCCGCCAACGGUAUCAGCGCUGCGAAUGGCUAUCCCCCAACGCCAAAUGGACCUGCGGCGGCGGCAGCGGCGGCGGCGGCGGCGGGUGCUGGUCCUGGUCCCGGGGCUGCGAUGCCCACCGCUAACGGUGCCAUGAUGUCGAACGGGGUCAAUCCCCAUGCUACGCCGAUGCAGACCCCGCUGAACAUGGCCGCUGGCCGUGGUACCUUGUCCACGCCUGGUGGUCCGCCUACCGCUGGUCCCGGUUCGUCCUCCGGCACCCCCCAGCAAGGUUCGCGUCCGACUCCCAAGCCCAAGCCGAAAACGUCUACUUCGAGUCUUCCGGCGCCGCCGUUAGAUGAUGUUCAUGCCGCCUUUGUCGAGUUCCGUGCCAAGGAGGAAGACAAGUGCCUGUCCGUCCAAUGCAUCUACUGUCAGCAGGUCCGCGCGAAGAACACCAGCAGGCAACGCCAGCACUUGCUUGAAUGUCCCACCUACCUCAGCGUUAUGAAAGAUUCGAUCCCGGCCAACAACCUCCUUCAUACCUUCCCCGAGGGUGACGUCGCUCGAUCGCUGCAGAUUCCCGCUCCGUCUCUCGAAUUAGACUUCCGGAUGAGCAUUAAGAUGAACCCUCGCGUUUCGGUAGGACAGGGCUUGUGGGGCCAAAGGGAUUGGGUUUCUUUCCUCGGUGGUCAGUGGGCUGGUCGAUGGGGGAAGGGUAUUAUUUUGCCUGGAGGGCAAGAUUCCCAAAUCGUCACCAAAGAUUCGGUGACGAGUCUCCGUGCGACCUACAUGCUCCAAACUGCGGACGAUCCGCCGGCGUAUAUUAUUGUGAAGACAAAUGGGUGGUUAACGGGCUCUAAGGAUGUACUUGAUAAGGUUAAUGACCCAAAUAUGGCGGACGCUGUUAACCCUAACAACUACAAGUAUCGUGUGAACCUCUCUAUGGAGACGGGAGACGACCGUUACGCUUUCUUGAACACCCUGAUGUGGAUCGGCAGCGGUUGCCGCAGAGGUCAUGAAGUUAUUAUGGAUUGUUUCCGCGUCAACUAG